GUAGGGGCGACACAUAUAUUACAGACCUUCAAGCAUCGCUAUGAUAUUUCCAUGGGGAACCAUAGAAGAACAAAGAAAAGGCCACUAGUUGAAGAAAAUGGCCGACGUAGAGAUGGAAAUUCAAGACGAGAGGUUGAAUAAUGGGAAAGAGGAUUUGGAAAGCCCUGGAAAGAGUGAGGGUGAGGAUGAGAAUGGUGACAUGUCAGAAGAAGAGGAGGAAGACGAAGGGGUGGCGUCAACAGUAACAGCUGGGGCCGAGGUAAAUGGAGAGAAACCAGAACAGGGGUCCAAGCAUCACAGCAGCAGUGGCAAACACAAGAAGAAAAAACACAAGCACCGCAGCAAGCACAAGAAACACAAGCAUGCCACAGAGGAUGAGAAGGAGAAGAAGCGCAAACACAGGCACAAGCACAAGAAGCAUCGACGCAAAGAUGGCGCCUCACCAUCCCCUACUGCUGCGGCUGCAGGUAAGGCUGAAGGCUCCCCAGGCUCAGUUAACCCCAACAUGGAUGAUCGAGCCCUUCUGGAGGACUUGGAGAAGCAAAGGGCGCUUAUCAAAGCUGAGCUGGACAGCCAGAUGAUGGAGGGAAAAGUGCAGUCGGGGAUGGGGCUCAUUCUGCAGGGCUACAACUCUGGCUCAGAGGAGGAUGCUGGGGGAGGAGAAGGCAGGGCUCGUAAUGGGGAGCAGCGGCACCGGGUCGGCACGGGGAAAGCACCCAAGGACCAGAGCAGCCGCUCUGGAAAAAGCCGAAAGGACCCGAGCGAUGCCGGCAAGGCAGGCUCCAAGCGCCGCAGCCGAAGUAGAUCCAAAGACAGGGGUAACCGGGAUGCCAAAGUUGAAAAGACCACGGCAGUCGUAACCCCAGUGACCAAGGGCACAAGUGGCAGUGAUACGAACAAGGAACGUGGCAAAGAUCUCAGCGGUUCUAAAGACAGGAAGCGCUCACGAAGCCGGGAUCGUCCCAAGAAGUCUCUGUCCCCAGCCGGACGCAGGCGGUCACCCACAGACAAACGAGUGGAAGUGAAAGGCCGCCCAGAGAGGCGAUCAUCUCCCCGGCCAGACGAGAGACGGCACCAGGCUGAACCAAGCAGCAGCAGUCGCAGGUCAAGCUCGCGUGGCCGUAGAAGCCGGUCCAAAGAUGGACGGAUGGGUCCCUCGGAAGCAGAGAAGGAACGAGAGAGGGAGAAAAGGCCCGGCAAGUCCCCGUCCAAAGACGCCUCAUCUGGGAAGGAGAACCGUUCACCGCACCUCAGGCGACCUCAGAGCCCCCCGCGCCACCGCAGCGCUUCUCCACGCCAAAGGGAUCGCCACCCACACCCGCCCCCGCCCCCAUCUGGGUCUGCAGACAGGACCAAGCAGAGCCACUCCCCCCCCAGAACCAGGUCCCCGGCCAGGAGGGGCAGGAGCAAGUCUCCAGAAGCACGCAGGAGGGACUCUUCACCUAUGAGAAAACGGGGUCGUCCAGAUGCUGUCGCAGGUAGAGACCGAUCACGCGACGCCAGUCCUUUUCGACGAAGAGUCAGCCGCUCCCCCUUGAGGCGGAGAUCUCUGUCGCCGCGGCGACAGUCACGCUUUUCUCCCCGCAGACGGAGCAGGUCUCCGAUGAGGCGCGGUGAGCGGGACCGUUUUGGUCGGCCACGACCCUACCGCCGGUCCGGCUCUCGAGAUCGAGACCGGAGGAGACGGAGAAGCAGAGAUGAGGACAAGUUUAAGGGCAGCCUCUCAGAGGGCAUGAAGGCUGUCCAGGACUCCUCAGAAGAAGAAGUGCUGGAGGACUAUGAUGCAGAAGAAGAGGAUGAGGAGGCUUUGAUUGAGCAGAGACGACAACAGCGACUAGCCAUUGUGCAGAAAUACAAGGCAGGGAAUGACGACAGCAACAUGGGCUCCAUGGCGUCCGAGCCCAGCAGUCCCCAGAGCAGCACGCGCAGUCGCUCCCCGUCACCCGACGACAUCCUGGAGCGCGUGGCAGCCGACGUCAAGGAGUACGAGCGGGAGAAUCUCAACACAUUUGAGGCCAGCAUCAAAGCCAAGCACAACCUCAUCGCCCAGGAGAAAGAUGGAUCAAACCCAAAGAAGCCAUCGGCUCCUGACAUGUUUACGGAGUCGGAUGACAUGUUUGCUAUGGACUUUGAUAGCGCACGGAUGAGGGCGGCUGGCAUUGGAAAAGACUUCAAAGAAAACCCCAACCUCAGGGAUAACUGGACAGAUGCCGAAGGCUAUUACCGUGUGAACAUUGGUGAGAUGUUGGAUAAGCGGUACGAUGUCUAUGGCUACACGGGUCAGGGCGUCUUCAGCAACGUGAUCCGCGCCAGGGAUGCAGCCCGCGCUGGCCAGGACGUGGCCAUCAAGAUCAUCCGCAACAAUGAACUCAUGCACAAGACUGGACUGAAGGAGUUGGAAUUCCUGAAGAAGCUGAAUGAUGCUGAUCCUGAUGACAAGUUCCAUUGUCUGCGGCUGUUCCGAAACUUUGAACACAAACUGCAUCUGUGCCUGGUGUUUGAGCCUCUCAGCAUGAACCUCCGUGAGGUGCUCAAGAAGUACGGUAAAGACGUGGGGCUGCACAUCAGGGCUGUGCGCUCCUACAGCCAGCAGCUCUUCCUGGCUCUCAAGCUGCUCAAGCGCUGCAACAUCCUGCAUGCCGACAUCAAACCAGACAACAUUCUGGUGAACGAGUCAAAGACGAUUUUGAAACUCUGCGACUUUGGGUCUGCGUCCCACGUAGCAGACAAUGAUAUCACCCCCUACCUGGUCAGCAGGUUUUACAGAGCCCCUGAGAUCAUCAUUGGGAAGCCAUAUGACUAUGGGAUAGACAUGUGGUCCGUGGGCUGCACUCUCUAUGAGCUCUACACAGGCAAGAUCCUCUUCCCCGGCUCCUCCAACAACCACAUGAUCAAACUGGCCAUGGACGUCAAGGGCAAGAUGCCCAAUAAGAUGAUCCGGAAGGGCCUAUUCAAAGACCAACACUUUGACCAGAACUUGAACUUCUUGUACAUCGAAGUGGAUAAAGUGACCGAGAGGGAGAAGGUGACCGUCAUGAGCACCAUCAACCCCACAAAGGACCUGCUUGCUGACAUGGUUGGGUAUCAGAGGCUCCCAGAGGACAUGAGGAAGAAGGUGCUGAACCUGAAGGACCUGUUGGACGGGACAAUCAUGCUUGACCCCGCCAAACGCGUCACCAUCAACCAGGCCCUCCAGCAUCCCUUCAUCCAGGAGAAGAUCUAAAAUAUUGGUUCCCACCAGACACGGUUCUGCAGGACACCAAUACAGCUAUGUUCCCCUCAUCCUUUAAGCAGUCUCUGACCGGACCAGCAGAAUCAGAAUCAGAACAGACCUGAUCCAUCCACAAACCUUAGUUAGGACCGUUGGGGACCCCUUUAACCUCCCAAGCCUACAGUUCACUGAAUGAGUGUCUGAAUGGUAGAAAACAAUCCAUGAAUCUAUUUGAAUGUUCUGUUUGAUACAUCUGCACCAAGUCCACAUAUUUCGCACUCAGUAGAGAGUAUACGCAUUAUGUCUGGAUGCCGUGACACCAUUUCUCAGAUGCUUCAGAUAUGUGCUGAUCAUUUUCUCGUGUCAUCCAACCAAAAUGGCAAUGACAUGCCAUCAUUUUUUUUAUUUUUAAGGUCUUUACGGUUUUUUGAUUUCAAUUGUGCUAAAGUGAACUUAUUUUUAUUGUAAAUAUGUCAGUGUAGGCUUCCAGUUUUCAGAUCAUUCAGGAAAGUUAUUUGUUCAGUUCACAGCCUUGAUGGUGAGAACACUGUUCUCACGGAACUUUCUAGCGACUGGUAAUUGAAGAACAUAAUUGUUAAAUAGUCUAAAGUGUACAGCUCAGACGAAGCUCAAUGGAAGGCUGUUUAUAUUGUGAUCAUAGGAGGGCCUGUGCUUCAUGAGAAAGACUGACUGGUCUUUAGAGGAUGGCUCGUGUCACUUUUAACAGCACUGAGGUCUUUAAGUGACAAGUGGAAUUUCAGGGAUGUCAUGUGCUCUCACAGGGAAUCUUGAGGAGUCCACGUUGCUUUCCCCUUACUUACAGAUUCCUUUGAUUGUUGAAACUUCAAAAGCUUCGCCGCUUCAGGAGUACCAGAGCAUCAGAUUUGGCCAGUAUGCUUAGAGCGCCCUCCCAAUUGUGUGGAGUGCUUCUGCAUUCUACUCAUUCUACUCUCAUUUUUAUGACCUCCCAGAUCCAUGGAGUUCAGAAUGCACUCUUCUGAGCCCUGCCAAUGACCAACUGCCCAUACUCUUUCUGGUUUCUGGUUCUUCACCCCACCUAUGGGCAUCCUUGUCAAAGUGCCUCCUCCAUGAGUGAUCUGUGUAAAAUGGAAAGCGAUUCAAAUGACACCCCCCCAAGCCCUGGCCCCACCCCACCCCAUCUCAUACUCACGAGCACCAUCGUUUGCAUUACGUGUUGUAUAUAUUCCACAGUUACCACUUUCGUAAUGCAAGACAUCAAUGUUUGUUUCUUAUAAAGGAAUAAAUACCUUUUGUUUCCACUUUGGGGUUGAAACUCAUUAAUUGUGUUGUGAAGGACAUUAAAUGAGAAGAACACGUUGAGUGUACCAUUACUUUUAUUAAUAAAAUGUUUCAUAUCUUUUCCAAAAAA